AUUGGCAGCCCUCAGGUGUGCCCCUGCCCAGGUGGCGGGGCCUCAAGCUGCCUCCCUUUCCGGCCCCCAAGAAAUGUCAGUCCUGCCGGGGACCAGGAGUAGUUCUACGUCCCUGAGCAUGCGUUGGUCCCUUCCUGCUUCCAUGCCUCAGUUUACCUCGGAGUGAGCUGAGGAAGAAGUCUCCCUGCCUGACCAGGGCGGCUCCCGCGUAGCCAAGGGCAGCGGUGGCCGCAGAGCCGGAGCCGGGCCGCCGCGCCGCACCAUGGCGCCCACCCUGGCCACUGCCCAUCGGCGCCGCUGGUGGAUGGCCUGCACGGCCGUGUUGGAAAACCUCCUCUUCUCGGCAGUCCUCCUGGGCUGGGGCUCGCUGCUCAUCAUGCUCAAGUCUGAGGGCUUUUACUCCUACCUGUGUACUGAGCCAGAGAAUGUCACCAAUGGCACAGUGGGGGGCACAGCAGAGCCGGAGCACAAGGAGGCGAGCUGGAUGAAUGGCUGGCUCAGCUGCCAGGCCCAGGAUGAGAUGCUAAAUUUGGCCUUCACCGUGGGCUCCUUCCUGCUCAGUGCCAUCACCCUGCCCCUGGGCAUCGUCAUGGACAAGUACGGCCCGAGGAAGCUCAGGCUGCUGGGCAGUGCCUGUUUUGCUGUCUCCUGCUUGCUGAUUGCAUAUGGAGCAAGUAACCCAAACUCUCUCUCUGUGCUCAUCUUCAUCUCCCUGGCUCUGAAUGGCUUUGGUGGGAUGUGCAUGACGUUCACCUCACUAACACUGCCCAACAUGUUCGGCGACCUUCGGUCCACGUUUAUUGCCUUGAUGAUUGGAUCCUAUGCCUCCUCGGCAGUCACCUUUCCAGGAAUCAAGCUCAUCUACGACUUUGGCGUCCCCUUCAUCAUCAUCCUCGUGGUCUGGGCUGGCUGCUCCGGGCUGGUUUUCCUCAACUGCUUCUUUAACUGGCCUCUGGAGCCCUUCCCAGGACCAGAGGACAUGGACUACUCGGUGAAGAUCAAGUUCAGCUGGCUGGGCUUUGACCACAAGAUCACAGGGAAGCAGUUCUACAAGCAGGUGACCACAGUGGGGCGCCGCCUCAGUGUGGGCAGCUCCAUGAGGAGUGCCAAGGAGCAAGGGGUGCUGCAGGAGGGCCACAAGCUAUGCCUGUCCACCGUCGACCUGGAGGUGAAGUGCCAGCCUGAUGCUGCAGUGGCCCCCUCGUUCAUGCAGAGCGUGUUCAGCCCCAUCCUGCUGCUCAGCCUGGUCACCAUGUGCGUCACCCAGCUGCGGCUCAUCUUCUACAUGGGGGCCAUGAACAACAUCCUCAAGUUCCUGGUCAGCGGCGACCAGAGCACAGUUAGCCUCUACACCUCCAUCUUCGGCGUGCUCCAGCUGCUGUGCCUGCUGACGGCCCCCGCCAUCGGCUACAUCAUGGACUGGAGGCUGAAGGAGUGUGAAGACACCUCCGCAGAGCCCGAGGAGGGAGACACCGACCAAGGUGAGAAGAAGGUGAAGAAGCGGGACCGGCAGAUCCAGAAGGUCACCAACGCCACACGGGCCUUCGCCUUUACAAACCUGCUGCUCGUGGGUUUUGGGGUGACCUGCCUUAUUCCCAACCUGCCUCUACAGAUCCUCUCCUUCAUCCUGCACACCAUUGUGCGAGGAUUCAUCCACUCUGCUGUUGGGGGCCUGUAUGCCGCUGUGUACCCCUCUACCCAGUUUGGCAGCCUCACGGGACUGCAGUCUCUGGUCAGUGCGCUCUUCGCUCUCCUGCAGCAGCCGCUGUUUCUGGCCAUGAUGGGUCCCCUCGAAGGAGACCCUCUGUGGGUGAAUGUGGGGCUGCUUGCCGUGAGCAUGCUGGGGUUCUGCCUGCCCCUCUACCUGAUCUGCUACCGACGCCAGCUGGAGAAGCAGCUGCAGCAGAAGAGAGAGGACGACAAGCUUUUCCUCAAGAUCAACGGCUCGUCCAACCGGGAGGCUUUCGUGUAGCGCCUGCCACCUCAGAACUGUGGCUUCCUGCCUGUGCUUCAGUGACUGGCCGACGUCCUCCUCCCCACCCCAGAGGACCCCACGCACCCCCAGGACCUUCUCCUUUACCACAUUGGAGUCUACACUCCCCCACCCAGAGCCCUGGACCUGCCUUGGAGCUCUGCAGAAGGACAGGAGAGGGCCCAGGGUGGGUGGGUUUCCUACUGCUGGGAGCGGGCGCUGCCCUGAAUUUGCUUUGCCACCCCCAGGGGACCCUGGGGCCUUGGGUCUCCAUGGCACCUGCAGCAGUCGAGAGUACCCCCUGCAAGCAGGCUCUCCCCCUCGAGUGUCUGGAUUCUGCCUCUUGCCAAAGCAGAGGGGUCUGCCUUCCACUGCCCACCACCCACCCUCAGCUGCAUGCCCACCAAGCAUACCUGCCUGAGGACAAAGGCUUGCACUCUCUGCACCCCCGCCUGGCCUCUCACCUCCUCCCCUGGCCAGUCUGAGGCUGCCUGAGGAAGGAAGGACCUGCUUCCUGUUGUUGGUGCUAACUCUUGAAUUUCCAGCCCCCUGUGGCCUGUCCAUGGCCUGUCCUCCCAUUCAAGGCCUGUGGAGAAGCCCCCCUGGCUUACAGCCUGGGGAGGGGACGGAGAGCUGGAUGUUCACACAAAGCCUCAAGAGCUGUGGACAAGGCUAA